AUGAAGCUCGAAAUCCUCUUCACAGCCGCCUGGCUGGCGGCCACCACCACGGCCAUCGGCCCCGCCACACCAGAACAGCCGCCCCGGCUCCAAGGCAAAGCCGAACGGAUGGCCAACUGGCGCUGGCCCAACCCCUUCGCCUCCGCGGAGCACAAGAAAUUCACCGCCGCCUGCGACGUGCUCAAAUCCUUCAAGGCGAGCGAAUUCAUGCUCGACGACCUGGCCGUCAAGGCCCCCAAGGGCCUGCUCGAGUACCGCGACGCGCUCAAGGAGGUCUUCGCCACGCGCGAGUACCCGGGAAGCUGGGAGGGCAUCGACCCCCACGGCUACGACCGCGACCUGCUCAGCAUGGACUACGACGACAUGCCGCUCAAGGUGCGCGAGUGGAUCGAGGAGCAGGAGCGCACCGAUGGGCCUGGUAAGGGGCUGUUUGCCGUGUACAUGCGCCCCAUGCCAGGGACCAGGGUGUUGCAUACCAUCAAGGUGCCCGAGGCGCCGGUUACGGAGGAGUGGCGCGCGCGGGAUGAGGUGCGGGUGGCUAUCUUUGCGCCCGGUGCGGUGUAUGAGACGGCGCCGUUGUGGGUGGCCGAGGGGAGCAAGUGCGAGGGUCCGCUUCUCGACCUCUCCAAGUACAGCGGCAAGCUCGUCGACGGCGGUGUCGUUGCGUACCCCAUCCACCACAGCAUGCCCAAGCGUGCCCGGGGCGAGCGGGAUAUUGAGUUCCAGAUUCAGGCGCAGGUUCUGCAGCUGAACGAGGGUGAAGAAGCGGCGAGUGAGAAGACCGAAGAGGCUGAAAAGGUUGAGAAGAAGGAGAGCACCGAGAAGGAGGAACUCUGA